AUGUCAGUUAUAUAUAUUAUGGAACAAAUAAUAAUUUAUGGCGGUAUAUUGCUCGUCGCAAUGGGUGUUUUCGGUAAUGGUAUGAAUAUUUUUGUGUUUUCGAGUGUCCGUACAUAUCGUACAACUCCUACUGCAUUUUAUUUUACUGUGGAAGCAAUAUUUAACAUUAUUUCCAUAGCGGUUAAUCUGAUACCUCGUAUGGUUAGUUUUGCGUUUGGAGUUGAUUUAGCUCUUGUAUCAGUUAUAUGGUGUAAAUUACGGCAGGUUAUUCUUAGUAUAUCCAUGACAAUGCCUAUCAUGUGCACAUGUUUAUCUACAAUCGAUCAAUUUUUUGUUACAUCUCCUAGGGCAUCACUACGGCGUUUUAGUGAAAAACAACUGGCUCAUCGAAUCGUAUUCGUUAUUUUUAUGAUCUUCAUUCUUCAUUGUAUUCCCAUUUAUUUACUCUAUUAUAUUAACCCAAUAGCCAAUUUGUGUGGUUCUGAAAGUGUGGUAUUUACGGUUUAUUAUAUUUUGUUUUUUAUUGUGAUUGAUGCUGCUAUUCCAGUAUUGAUAAUGACAAUAUUUGGAUAUCUGGCGUACCGUAAUAUUCGUCGAACAGUGGCUCUUGCUGAGCAACAUGCUGAUCGACAGUUAAUAAAAAUGGUUUUAAUACAAGUGGCAGUUGUUCUUAUUUGUCUUAUUCCUGUUGGUUCAUUCAGUUUAGUCAAUAAGGAACUAACAGUUGUAAGAGUACAAUCUGGCGCUUGGAUUGAUGCAUUACAAUUCUGCUUUUCAGCAACUGACUGUACACAACAAUUUGGUGGUACGAUAAAUGGUCAAUGGUCAGCUGAAUUUAAUUUAAAUAUUAUAGGCAACUCACAGUUUUAUAAGGUGUCGGGAUUAAAUGGAGCAUUCAUUGAGAAAUAUAAUCCAAAUUGGACUGUUAAUACAAUGAGUUCAAUUACAGUAUUAUAUAAGAAAGUCUGA